AUGAGUGAGAAGAAGACAAAAUUGGCAAAAUUCGAUGCCUUUUCAAAGACUGACGAAGACGUCAGGAUUCGUACCAGGUUAGGUGGGAUCAUUACAUUGGGUUGCAUUUUGACUGCUAUAUACUUACUUGGCGGGGAAUGGGCUGCUUUCAACGAGGUCACAAGUGUGCCACGAUUGGUGGUCGACAAAGACCGUAGCAUUGAUUUGAACAUGAACUUGGACAUCUCGUUUCCUUUUAUUCCUUGUGAUAUUAUAAAUCUAGACAUCAUGGACGAUGCAGGUGGUUUACAAUUGGAUAUACUGGACUCAGGGUUUAAGAAAACUAGGUUAGAUCCUAACGGGAAACAAUUGGAAUUCAGAGAGUUCGAUUUGAAGGAUAAUAGUAAAAGAAUUGUUUCAGAGAAAGGACCAAAUUACUGUGGUUCAUGUUAUGGCGCCAUUGAUCAAUCUCAUAACGACGAAGAAGGUGCUAAAAAGGUCUGUUGUAAUACUUGCGAAGAUGUUCGGUUGGCGUAUGUUACAGCUAAUUGGGCAUUCUUUGAUGGGAAAAACAUUGAACAAUGCGAAGAUGAAGGUUACGUAAAGAGAAUUAAUGAACAUUUGAAUGAAGGCUGUAGGGUCACUGGUAAGGCAAAGAUAAAUAGGGUUAAAGGCAAUAUCCAUUUUGCUCCUGGAAAGCCAAUGCAAAACUCAAAGGGCCAUUUACAUGAUACUUCCUUAUAUGAAAAGAGCCCAAAUAUGAAUUUUAAACAUAUCAUACAUCAUUUUAGUUUUGGUGAACCUAUUGACAGAAAAGCCAAAUCAAAAGGUGCUGAUGUAUUGACAAAUCCAUUAGAUGACUAUGAUGUCCAACCAAAUAUUGAUACACAUUAUCAUCAAUUUUCCUAUUAUAUGAAAGUUGUGCCAACAAGAUACGAAUAUUUGAAUAGAAUGGUAGUAGAAACUGCACAAUUUAGUGUUACAUUUCAUGAUAGACCAUUAAGAGGAGGUAAAGAUGAAGACCAUCCAAAUACUAUUCAUGCGAGAAAUGGUAUACCAGGUGUGUUCUUUUUUUUCGACAUCUCCUCCAUUAAAGUUAUCAACAAUGAACAAAUUACACAAACAUGGUCGGGAUUCAUCUUAAACUGUAUUAUUACAAUCGGUGGGGUCCUAGCAGUUGGAUCAAUGGUUGACAGACUAUCUUAUAAAGCUCAAAAAACUUAUUGGGGAAAGAAAUCCACAUGA